CGAUAAAGCUGAGGGCAACUAUUAAUUAAUAAUAUUCUAUUAAACUCUGUAUAUUUUCUUAAUAUUAAUGAUAUUUGUAAUUAAAUACAUAUUUUCUUACAGUUUUUUUAAGAAUAUAUUUUAAGUUCCUAAGCAUGCCACUGUGCAUAGUUCGGCCAGCUGUUUUUUGAAGUUUUGCAGCACUGCUUCGCAUGCCUUGCGGAGUAUAGGUUGGCUUUUGCGGCUUUUGUUUGCCAGUUACUGCCAAUUGCAUUUAGAAUGGGCGAUUUUCAAACAUGGCUCAACGACCAACUCCGCCAGCUCAAUACAGAUGAAAGUGUAUUUGGCGCGUACAUAAUUGGCAUACUCGAGGGAGAGGAAGAAACGCAAGAUGAAAAGAUUGAGGCACUCGAGGGCAUACUCAGCGGAACGGGCGCUGUUAACACGGAAGAGCUGGUGGCCAGCAUACUGCAAAAGUGGUUGCAGAGCCAUCCCAGUGCAGAUGAGCCGCCCAAAAAGGGUCUGGACAUCGAUGUGAAUGCCCAGCUUGCCAAGUUGCUGGAACAAAAGCUGCAACCCGUCGCCAAGGAGCGUGCAUAUACCGAGGAAGAACUGCGAAUUAAACAACAAAUACUGGCUCAAUACUCCCAGAGCGCCGUCAGCGAGGAGGAAAACGAUGAUUCGGAUAGCGAAAUCGCUGAGCCAAGCGGCUCAAGCAUCAUGGCACCCAAUACCAACAAGUCGGAUGUGGCGAACUUGGCCAAGGAGAAGCGCGAGCAGGCACGGCAGGACAGUGCGGCCAAGAAGCAAAAAGACAAGGAUGAUCGUGAGAAGCAGAAGCAGCUGCGCGAGGAGAAAAAAGAGAAACGCAAAACCGUUAAAGGCGAGCGUCGUCGGUAGCCAGCAAGAUUAGAAAAAAACCGUCCGCAACUUCCAUGAAUUCAGUCACAAUAUGUAGAAUAUAUACUAUAUAAAAAAUUGUAUUGCAAUCAAAUUACCAAAGUAUCAAAUUGUAAUUAACAUCAAUGUAUUUUAGUUGCGAAUUGAUUUGAUAUUUGAAAUUGUUUUCACUAUAUUAAAUAUAAAAUCGUUUUCACAAUGCAGCAAUUUUAAUUCGAACUCUAA